CUCGUAACCGUUCACGGUCUUGUUCGAAAACAAACAAACAAACAAACCGUCUUUUUGAAUACGUUUGCUUGAAAGCGAACAAAAUUGUACCUCAGCAGCACAAGUACGAGUAGCGGUACGACUACCUUAUUGAAUUACGAAUUACAGUACUACAUACUUCGACAACUGUUGUCCCAGAUYCCAGACCUCCGGCUUCCGUGUAUCAGAACUAUCGGUGCAUCAUCCUUUUUCGAUUAAAAGUUACGUUCCAUUGUCUUAGAAACCAGGAUAGUGAGAAGGUUCGUGAGCGACAAUAAAUAUCCGAUACAGCCGGCAGAAAGUGAAGACAUCGUGACCACCAACAAUUUUUUUAAAGAAACAAGUUGGCUCUAAGAUGAGGAUUGACAGGCAAUGCUUGAAACGGUCAUCUCCGUUCUCUCGAUUAUUUGUUCUGUUCUUCAUAGCAUGCCUUACCUUGCUGAACAGAAACGGAAGCAGCAGAAAUUCGUUUUUGGUGGCAGCUGCUGAUCCGGAAAAGGACGCGUCUGCUGCAAGUGGAGACGCAAAUCUCGCCCUUACUGAUGACGCUCCAACUCCCCCCGAGGGUCUCUUUGAACGCUUAGACCUUAAUCAUGACAAUAUGUUGAGCAAAGCCGAAUACAAAUCGGGCUGGCCACUGAUUGCCGGAGAACUUUCCAGUGGUUUCGGCAGUUGGCUGCCUGCCAACAACGGAGGGUUUAUGAAGGGUUUCACUAGUGGAGUAGCCAUGAUUUUGGCUACAGAAAUCGGUGACAAGACAUUUUUCAUUGCGGCGGUUUUGAGUAUGCGACAAAAGCGAUCAGCAGUCUUCCUUGGAGCUGUCUUCAGUCUUUACUUAAUGACGGUCUUGUCGAGCAUGAUGGGCCUAGUCUUACCUAAAUUUGUUCCUGUCAAGUACACCCACAUCUUGGGAGGUGUUUUGUUUUUGUAUUUUGGUUUCAAAUUGUUGAUCGAUGCCAAGGGGAUGAACAGCAGUCAGGUCAGCGAAGAAUUGGAGGAAGUUGAGGAAGAAUUGUUGCAUCCCAAGAAGGACGAACGCGACGAAGAGUCGCAACAAGCCGUCACUAGCAACUCCAUUCGAAAGGGAUUUUCGGAAGUGGCUAUGCAGUCCUUCACGCUGACGUUUUUGGCAGAAUGGGGAGACCGGUCUCAGAUCGCCACGAUUGCGUUGAGUGCGGCCAAAAACCCGUAUGGGGUGACCCUUGGUGGGUGYAUCGGACACACUAUGUGUACCGGCCUAGCAGUCCUAGGUGGACGCAUGCUGGCAGCAAGAAUCUCGGAAAARACGGUCAGCAUCUUUGGGGGCAUUAUCUUUUUGGCCUUCGGUGUCCAUUCCGUAUUUUUUGAAAGCUAGAAAACUAAUGCAACGUAUCGAUAAUUAUUUUCAGAAAAACACGACAAAUUUAAGCACGACGAACGGGGUCGUAGAGAAAGACAUUUUCUUUAUAACGAUGUUC